AUGAUUUCAACAUCAGCAGGAUUUCAUAAAUCACCAACCUCAUUAAGUUCAAGUCAGGAUGAAUCAUCAAAUAAUGGUGCAGAAGAAGAUAUUAUAAAAUUAGCAAAAGAUCUUAGUAAUACAUUUGGUAUUUUAGGAGAUUCAGAACAACCUUCACAGUUUAGUGAUGUUAUAUUUAAAGUUGGUGGUAAAAGAUUCUUUGCAAGUAAAAUUAUGUUGGUGGCAAGAAGUGAAUACUUUAAAGCAAUGUUUACUGGGUCAAUGAAGGAAUCAUCAAUUAAAGAGAUUACAUUGGAAGGUGUAGAUCCAGAUGUGUUUUUUAUUGUAUUAAAAUAUAUUUGUAUUGGUAUUCUAGAUUUAGAUUAUGACCAUAGAAUGGUAGGAUCAAUUUAUCAGUAUUGCGAUCUAUUGGGAUUAAAUAGAGGAAAAGAGUUAUCACUUGCAACAAUGACAAAAAUUGCCCAAAUGUAUCUAGAUAAACCAGAUAUCGAAAGUGCUUUAUUGCUUUGGGAUUCUUUAAAUCAAAACUCAAUAGAGGUAGAGGAUGUUCAUCCUAAUCUUAGAGCCUUCAUCUUACAGUAUGCUUCAGUUUCGCUUCAUUGUGACGCUUUCUAUAGUAUUUGUAUUAAAACCCUGUGUGAUAUGCUACGUAAUGAUGGUCUUAGAAUGGAGGAGCUUGAUAUAUUAGAUUCCGUUAUCGAUUGGUGUAGAGAAAAUAGUGCCCCUCAAUCUGGUUUUUUAACUCAAAGUGGUCCAGGUAAAAGUCACAACAAAAGAAACAGUUCAUCCUAUAAAAGAGGUAACAAUGAUGAUGCAGAGUCAAACGGUAGUUGUAGCAGUAGAUGUAGCAGUAGAAGGAAUUCAUUAUCUCUAAAGGAUGGUAUCAUGGGGCAUUUUAGAAAUCAACAUAACAAUAACAACAAUGAUUGCCAUAGUGACACAGAGGAAACUUAUAGUGAUAUAGAUGACGAAGAGCAUAGGGAACGUGGUGAAGAGUUUGAUGACGAUGAUGAUGAUGACGACGAAGAUGAUGACUUUAGUGAUGAUGAUGACAAGGAAGAUAGUGCAAAUGAUGACUAUUACUACACAAAUGAAAAUGAAUCAUCAGAUAUCAUAGAAGAGUGGGAUAAAUCAAUUGAUAAAAAUUUAUUAAAUAAACUAUUGCCAUUAAUUCGUUGGGAAAAUAUGAAUAUAGGGGAGGCAUUUGAACGUUUAGACAGUUUAAAAAUUAUACCAGACAAAGAAAUUACAAAUUUAUUAAGAAACAUUUUAAAGUCAAAUAGAGGUGAAAACUUUUCAUUUUUAGGUUAUCAUUAUAGAAGACAACGUAAUAAUAGAAAAAAAUCUUAUCCAAUCGAGUUUUUAUUAGGAAUGAGUCAACCAUUUGACUCAAAUGUAACUAAUGAGAUUAUACCAUUAAAUUCUUCAUCAGAAUUUGGUCAAUCUACAAAUUUAUUUUUAUAUAGAAUUAAAAAAGAUAUUAAAUUCCCAGCCAAUUUAGAAAGAUUUACAUUUAAAGAUAGAGAGUUUUUUGUUCAACUAAAAGAAAGAGAAAAAGGUCAAUUAGCAGUUUAUCUGGCAUUUGGUAGUAAAUUAACUAAACCAUUAGCUAUUUCAGUGUUAGCAAGUAUAAUCGGCUUUAGAUUCCAAGAUUCUAUAGAGUAUUCAUUUAAAAAAAUGUUUGAUGAGGGUUUUGAUAGUGCUUGGGGUUGGCCUAAAUUUAUAUCUCUAGACGCUUUAUAUAAAGAGAAAUACUGUCAUUAUUCAGAUAGUUUUUGUUUAUUGCUUGAAUUAACAAGUCAAUGGGGUUAA